AUGGUGACAGAGGUGAAGUCACCAAAAUAUCAUGGCAAGACUUUGCCAGAUGAUAUGGUCAAGCUAGAGAAUGAAAUGAAAGACUUGUUAGAUAAGAUAAUUGAUGAUGGUAUAGAUACUAAAGAUGUGGUUGUCUGUGAUCUCCUUGUGCAAGACAACUUAUUUGUAAUGGAUUUAAAGUAUGAUGAUAUUUAUCAGAUGAUCCUUUUGAAUUGUUUUUAUCUUUCUCGAGAUCACAAUGAUUUUGGUGUAUUUUCCAAAGCUGCUGAAGUCUUGAUGCAGGUGAAGAUGAUCAUGAUUCAGACUUCUCAGCUAUGUGUUGAAAGCUUGCAAACUUCAAGCUCUGCUGAGGACAAAGUGAUUCCUGUUUGGCCUGAGGGUUCCAGAAUGCCACCUUGCCAAAAGAUGGCACGGCCUUCAUAUCAUAUCCCCAUCAAAGUCCCACUCAAUUGA